AUGGCUCCCGGAAUGUCCCUACAGUCGGUCAUCGCCAUCAUCAUCCUCAACACCGACGGCUCGAGGAUAUAUGCGAAAUACUACAACAACCCCCAUCAUGCGCCGAACGCCCCCUCCAACGCCUCCAGCUCCCCGUACGCCGACGUGAAGGCGCAGAAGACGUUCGAGAAGGGCCUCCUUGAGAAGACGGUCAAGCAGACCGGCGACAUCAUCCUCUACGACAGCAAGAUAUGCCUAUACAAGAUGGAGUCUGACGUCAUGAUGUACGUCGUCGGCGGCGUCGACGAGAACGAGGUCCUGCUCUACAACGUCAUCCUGGCGCUGCGGGACACGCUCACGCUGCUGUUCAAGCAAUCCGUGGACAAGCGCUCCAUCAUCGAGAACUACGACCUGGUCUCGCUGGCCAUCGACGAGAUCGUGGACGACGGCAUCAUCCUGGAGACGGACCCGACCAUCAUAGUACAGAGAGUCAGCAAGGCGCCCACGCAGGACGUCAACCUGAGCCGGGUCGACUUCAGCGAGCAGGGCGUGAACAACCUCGCGCAGCUAGGAAGGGCCAAACUGACAGACUGGCUGAGGCAAGGCUUGUAG